UCAGUAAAAUGUCACUUGGAAUGGAAGUGACAACAAUCGAUAUUUUAUUUUAGAUUUUUUAAAAAUUUAAGUCGAAAAAAAUAUCUUGUUUAGUUUGUAAUAAAGGUGUAUUGAAAUAAACAGUUACAGCUAAUCCUAAUUCGUCAAAAUGUUAAGAAGUUGUUUGAUUCCAGUAACACGCACACACUUUCAGGUCAUUGCCGUAAGGCAUAAAAAAAUAAAGGUGCCUAAAGUCGAUAAAAAGCUCCAAGCAUCAGCUGAAUCAUUGGCUGCCAGAGGAUUCCUCCGACCAACAAAACCUUGGGAUCCACCUGCAGGCAUCGAUGAAACUGUUCUCAAAAUAUGUGCAGACAAUGGUCUCAAAGCUGAUGAUAAAUUUGAAGGAUUGGAUGUAAAGUUUAACAUCCUCAAUGCUUGCUACAAAGAAACUGGCCAUUCUGUGCCCAACUCUUUAUUACAUACAAUAGAAUGUGUUGACGACCUGAAGGAGUUUUACCAGACACCAGUAGACACAAAAACUCCAUUUGAUGCCCUGACCAAAAUGGAACUGCCGAAGAAUUUGCACAUCCAAGAAAACUAUGUUCGCUUCCACCCGGAUAAAGACACAAUGUUCAAUGGACUAUCGGCCUUUCCAAAGAGCUCCACUAUCGUCACCGGGCUGAGAUGGAAGAAGAAAUACGAAGGGUAUUCAGCAAAGAGAUCCUGGCCGUGAACAUGUAUUUGUAGAGUUAAUGUAAAAUAUAGCUUAGUUAAUUAAAUGAUUUGUUGUCUAUUGUU